GACUGUAGUUAUGAUAGUUUCAAUUCACAUUUGUGAUUUGUCCCCAUUUCUGCAAGACAGCUGCUCCCACUGAAAUUUAAGCCCUUAUAAAUAACUAUGAACAACAUUGCAGUUUGAUUAAUACUACUACAUGAUACUUGAACCUUCAAACUUCAUAAUUUGAAGACAAGUGUAAAUUUUAUUCGAUUUUGGUCCCUAAUUUCUCCUCACAACGCCACCGUGACACAAUGCUCGGCGUUUCAACAUUUCACGCGCCGCCGUUGAAACCGUCGUUGCAUUCGCUUCUGAAGCCAUCUGUCCCCUUCUCAUUCUCCCUCCUCACCACCACCACCGCCGCCUCCUCCUCCCGCAUCCGUAAACCGCUCGUGAUUCGCGCCAUCGACGCCGCUCAGCCAUUCGACUAUGAAGCCAAAGCAGCUCUCGAGUUCCGAAACUCCCAGAAGCUCAAGAUCGCCAUUAUCGGCUUCGGCAACUUCGGCCAGUUUCUCGCCCGAACCCUAGUCCGCCAGGGCCACACCGUGUUAGCCCAUUCCCGCUCCAACUACUCCGACGCCGCUAAGAAUCUCGGCGUCGCGUUCUUCCCAAACGCCGACGAUCUCUGCGAGGAGCAUCCAGAAGUAAUCCUCCUCUGCUCCUCGAUAAUCUCCACCGAGCAGGUCCUCCUCUCGCUGCCUCUCCAGCGGUUGAAGCGGAGCACAUUGUUCGUCGACGUGCUCUCCGUCAAGGAGUUUCCGAAGAGCCUCCUCCUCAAAGUGCUGCCCUCCGAUUUCGACAUCGUCUGCUCGCACCCGAUGUUUGGACCGGAGAGUGCGAGCUGCGGGUGGAAUGGGAUGCCGUUUGUGUAUGAGAAGGUUCGGAUUGGGGAGGAGGAGCAGAGGGUGGCGCGGUGUCAGAAGCUUCUGGAUGUGUUUGAGAGGGAAGGGUGUAGGAUGGUGGAGAUGAGUUGUACUGAUCAUGAUUUCUACUCUGCUGGGUCGCAGUUCAUCACGCACACUGUUGGCAGGGUUUUGGGGAUGUUGAUGCUGGAGUCAACUCCUAUUAACACAAAAGGGUAUGAGUCUUUGUUGAAUUUGGUGGAGAAUACUGCUGGGGAUAGCUUUGAUCUUUACUAUGGGUUGUUUAUGUUUAACAAGAAUUCAUUGGAGAUGUUGGAGAGGUUGGAUUUCGCUUUCGAGGAUUUGAAGAAACAGCUGAGGAAACAGUUGUUUGAGAAUGCUGGUAAGGUGCAAAUAUUGCAGGAUGAGGAUUAUGCUGGGUUGCUGAGGCGUGCUCAAAAUGGAUCUGCACUUUUACUGUCUUCUAGAGAUACGAGAUCCCAUGAUGUUGCUAAGCUAAAUAAGUACAAGUCAAACAAUUCCAGCCAGCCUGGCAACUCGAAGCUCAAGAUUGCAAUUGUUGGUUUUGGAAACUUUGGUCAGUUCCUUGCGAAAACUAUUGCGCUUCAUGGGCAUGAAGUGUUAGCAUACUCUAGAUCAGACUACUCUGAUGUGGCUCAGAAAUUGGGAGUUUCUUAUUUCAAUGAUGCGGAUGAUCUUUGUGAACAACAUCCGGAUGUGAUUUUACUUUGCACUUCAAUCCUUUCCACAGAGAAAGUUCUUAAAUCAUUGCCUGUGCAGAGACUGAAGAGAAGUACUUUGUUUGUUGAUGUACUUUCUGUCAAAGAAUUUCCUAGAAACUUGUUUCUUCAACAUUUGCCCCCUGAUUUUGAUGUUCUCUGCACUCACCCUAUGUUUGGGCCAGAGAGUGGGAAAAAUGGGUGGAAGGGUCUUCCUUUUUUAUAUGAUAAAGUCCGAAUAGGAGGAGACGAAUCAAGAACAUCACGGUGUGAUCAGUUUCUUGACAUUUUUUCUAAAGAAGGGUGCCGAAUGGUUGAAAUGUCAUGUGCUGAACAUGAUUGGCAUGCAGCUGGAUCACAAUUUAUCACACAUACCACCGGAAGAUUUUUAGAAAAGCUGAAGUUGGAGGCAACGCCAAUCGACACAAAGGGCUAUGAGACUUUAUUAAGUUUGGUGGAGAACACUGCUGGAGAUAGUUUUGAUCUGUACUAUGGUUUGUUCUUGUAUAAUCUAAACGCCAUGGAACAACUAGAAAGACUUGAUCUGGCUUUUGAGUCAUUGAAGAAGCAGCUUUUUGACCGUUUGCAUGGUAUAUACAGAAAGAAAGUAUUUAAAAAUGAAGAAAAGGUCAGUGUUUUGCCAGAUAGAUCUCUGCUGCCUGAGGAAUCUGAAGAUACUAAUGUGGUAUCAUCUUCAAAUACUGUAGACAUUAAUUGAAAUGAGUUUCAAUCUAAUUGUUAAUUAUUGUGGCUCUUCAUUUUCUAUUAGUAUGUUUUGAAUAAGUUUGUUAUUUCAAAAAUUUCACAUCCAGUCUUUCUAAAAGCCAUGCUGAUCUGUUUGAUUAAAGCGCAAACAAAACUGAUUCUGACAUUUUGGAUAUACAACUUUAAUUCUCAGACA